CGCGCCGCCAGCAGAAUGGAGCCGGCGGGCAGCAUGGAGAAGGGGGACGGCGGGGAGAAGGCGGGCAACGGGCACGCGGAGGGCGCUGAGGAAGGCGGCGGCGGCGGAGGAGGGCGGCUGCGGGGCUGCCGGGGCUUCCUGCGGCGCAACGCGCUGGUGGUGCUGACCGUGUCGGGGGUGGUGGCCGGCGUGGCGCUGGGCGCCGCGGUGCGGGGAGCGGCGCUGAGCCCGGCGCAGGUGGCUUACCUGGCCUUCCCCGGGGAGCUGCUGCUGCGCAUGCUGCGCAUGGUCAUCCUGCCGCUGGUGGUCUGCAGCCUGGUGUCGGGCGCCGCCAGCCUGGACACCCGCUCCCUCGGCCGCCUGGGGGGCAUCGCCGUCGCCUACUUCUUAGGCACCACGCUGCUGGCCUCCGGCCUCGCCGUCGCCCUCGGCUUCAUCAUCCGCCCCGGCGCCGGAGCAUCCGCCCUCAACACGCCGGGCUUGGGGCUGCCGGGCGCCGCGCCCCCCAGCAAGAAGACGGUGGACUCCUUCCUCGACCUCGUCAGAAACCUGUUUCCUGCAAAUCUUGUUGCUGCAGCUUUCCGAACGUAUGUAACAGAGUAUAAGACAGUGCUCAGAAAUACUACCUCUGGAAAUGUCACGGUGGAAAAGAUCCCUGUCGGUAGUGAGAUUGAAGGGAUGAAUAUCCUGGGCCUCGUGCUGUUUGCUCUGGUUUUAGGAGUGGCACUGAAGAAGCUUGGCCGGGAAGGAGAAGAUCUCAUUCGCUUCUUUAAUUCGUUCAAUGAGGCAACUAUGGUCUUGGUCACCUGGAUUAUGUGGUAUGUACCCAUUGGCAUUAUGUUCCUCGUUGGGAGCAAGAUUGUGGAAAUGGAAGAUAUUGUGCUUCUGGUGACCAGCCUGGGAAAAUACAUCUUCGCCUCUAUUCUGGGCCACUUCAUCCAUGGAGGAAUCAUUCUGCCACUCAUUUAUUUUGCAUCCACACGUCAAAAUCCAUACCGUUUUCUCUUAGGACUCAUCACACCGUUUGCCACUGCCUUUGCCACUUGCUCUAGCUCAGCCACUCUCCCAUCAAUGAUUAAGUGUAUCGAGGAGAACAAUGGAGUCGACCACAGGAUCAGCAGGUUUAUCCUUCCUAUCGGUGCAACUGUGAACAUGGAUGGAGCUGCUAUUUUUCAGUGCAUGGCAGCCGUGUUCAUUGCUCAGCUGAACAACGUUGACCUCAACGCUGGGCAAAUCUUCACUAUUCUUGUGACAGCAACUGCGUCCAGUGUGGGUGCAGCCGGGGUCCCAGCUGGAGGAGUCCUCACUAUCGCUAUUAUCUUGGAGGCCAUUGGACUUCCAACCAAUGAUCUCUCCUUGAUAUUAGCAGUGGACUGGAUUGUGGACCGAACCACCACAGUUGUGAAUGUGGAAGGGGACGCCCUAGGAGCAGGUAUCCUCAAUUACCUGAAUGAAAAAGACAAGAAAGAUAAAGAGCAGGAGCUAAAAGAAGUCAGCGUAGAAGCAGUUGCUAACAGCAAGUCUGAAGAGGAGACGUCGCCUUUGGUAACCCACAAAAACCAAGUCUCCAACGCAACCAGUACAGCAGACCCUGAAUCCAAGGAAUCAGUAUUGUGAACUAGAGGCCGUUUGUUAACACGCGUCCUAGAAGUGGACCAGGGACUUGUUAAUGCACCUAGACGUUUGCAGUGCUAACAAGGGCUGGAUGGCUCUUGAAAGUUUUCAGUUCCAGUCUGUUUUGAAAUUUACUGACCAUGGGAAGGGGAGGGAGGUGGGUUGGGGAGAGAAGGGGCAGCGAGAAAGAACGCUGGCUUUAUAAUUGUGUUUUAAUAAUUCCCAUGUAUACAUGUGUAUGUGUGCUGCAUGUACACACACAUAUACAUGUAGGGGAAAGCAAUGCCAUUUGAGGCCUGUUUUUACAAGAGAUCUGUUAGUAAAGGCCCUUACGAGUUGGAGGUGGGGAAGUAGACAAAUCCCAGUAAGUGCUUAUUGUAGGGAGAAAUUAGUAAGCUUAUUGUGCUGCUGUUCAAAUGGAGAUACAGUUUAGAAACUCCAGAGUGGGUGAGAAUGUUGCUUUAAUUUAGUUUCUUGCCUGGAAACACUUACAGUCAAUUACACACACAAUAUGAAGCAACAUUUUCUCCCACUUCACUUCCUAUCCUGUUCUCCAGUCACUUGAAAACAUCAAAUAGAACAUGGAAAGUAGCUUUUUUUUUUUUUUUUUUUUAAGUUUCAUAUCUGAAUUAAUCACAGGGGUCCAAACCUUGUUCCAUUCCCCCACUGCAUUGCAGCUCAUAGCAGCUGUCUUGCCUUUUGGUGAGUAAUUCCCAAACUUUGGAACCAAACGCUCUUAGAGCAGAUCAGGAACUGGUUUUCUCCUCCCCUCUUAGCAAGUUGUUGAGAAAAAAGUCCAGAGGAAGCACAAAUUUUGUUAAAGUAAUCCCUCUGGGGCUUAAGAAAUGUGGAGUCUGUUCCAGCAUAAAUAUGUCUAAAAGAGGCUUGCCUGUGACAUCAAGAAAGCAAGAAGUCAGUUCCCUUCAUGAAAACACACAUGCACCUUUGCUAGCACUCCAUGUCCUGCUCAUGUUUAUUUAAUGGGUCAGUCCAAACAAAUUAAGCCAUAUCCCUUUUCCGGCAAAAUUGAACAGGGGAGAAAAAAAUCUGAACACAUGUGGGAACUGACGACAGGCAGGUCUGAUUGUUGGCUUGAAAGGGGAAGAAAGGAGGUGAGUUGCUAACCUCAGUGAUCUCUGGAACAGUUGCAUACCUGUUCCUGCUAGGAAUUUGGUCCUGUUACAAAUGUUCAGUGAUCUCUGCAUGUUGGGACAGUUGUAUCCCUUUUCCUGCUGGGAAUUUGGUCCUGUUACAAACAUUCAGUGAUCUCUGAGCGUUAGGACAGUUGUAUACCUGAUCCUGCUAGGAGUUCGGUCCUGCUACAAAUGUACUUCCAGCAGCAGCUUACAUUUACUUCUGGGUGGUGCUGGGCUGGGGUAAUGCUUAAUGGCAGAUGGUAAACUUUGCUUGAAGCUGAUCCAGAUGCUUCUGGAUUCUGACUCCACCUUUUUUCCUUUACCACAAACUUCCUGAUUUUGCACCCCAAACCUGAUCAAAGUCCGGCAAACAUUGCAAAGGUCCUGUUGAUUUCUCUUGGCAUUUUGGACAGCAAAAUGAUGGCUGUGCAUAUGCCAAGAAUUGCCUGGACUUGUGACACUUUCCUUUGGCUGCUUUAGCGAGAUGAGUGCAUGUGGUCAGUCCUCUACACUGUUAACUCAGUAAUAUAUAUUUACACUUAGCUUUGGUGUACAAUAAUGAUAAGUCUCCCCUUUUCUUUCUCCUCUCUUGCUUCAGAGGAAGCUAUCUUGGAAAGAUAUCCAGUUGCUGAUGUUUAUGUUCAUGGCACUAGGAAGAGGCAGCUCCAAUUUUAUAGCAGCAGCAGCCUUCAUUUGCAAAGCAUCUUUCCUGGUAAAGGGGCACAAUGAAUUUUGCAAAAAGACGCUCAGAAUGAGAUGUGGCCACCUCUGAGGGAGAACACAGUGAGUGCGUCAUGACUGGCUGUUUAAUUGUGUGCUGCAGCACUAUGCAAACAAAGUAAGAAAGGAUUAGUCAGCCCACUGUGAAACUACAGGUGAAGUUUCUUUUUAACCAGCAUAUUUAUAGCCAUGUCCACAAAAUUGAUCAAUCCUCGGCUCAAUUUAAAAACAGAAGAAGACAAACACAAUUCUCUAGGGAAAUACUUUGGCCAAUAUUUGUUAUUUCAUUUUUGGCAGAUCAAGACCAGCUGAAACUUUGCAUUUCCUCCCGUUAGAAUCAUCCCAGCUCCUUUCAACUCAGGAAACUAAAAGCAUGCUUUGUAGCUGACAAUGAAAGUCAACAAAUAAGUGUUUUGAAAAAUGUUUGAGGUUUGAAAAAAUGGUUCUCUACUCCCUUCUCCUCCCCUUUUUUAACAAGUCUAAAUGUUUCAUGGAAAAAUGUGAAUGCACUAGAACUGCAAAUAUUAUGACUUUAAAACAGUAUAUGGAUACUUCAGGAGAACUGGAAAUCAAAACUGUUCCCUGCAGGCUGGGUUCUGUAGAUGCAUUUCUAUCUCCCAUCAGACAUUUAGCUCCUUUGAUGCUCUCCCUCACCAUGACACAUUCAGCUCAGCUGAAGACAUGAGACCAGGCAGCACCCAAACAGUAAUUCCUGUGAAGCGUCACAGCAACAUUUGAGAAUAGGAAGUAGCUCAGUUUUGAUUUUUCACCCCAAAGCUAAUGUUGCCAACAGAUGAAAGUACUCUAGGGGUGAGUGAAGGCUGGGCUUCCUCACAGACAAUACCUAGCCACUGCUUUAUUGAUCUUCAUUUCCUGUGGUGCUGCUUGUUCCUCUAAGCAGCAUGAUGUUGGCUGUGGGGCAUUCUUUCUGUCAGUAGAUCCCAGAAAAUGGUUAAAUUAAUGCCAAUCAUCUCAGAGUUGUCAUAAUAUUUUCCACCAGCAAUGCAGAAGCUAAAUGUCUUUGCUGAAAAAUGCCUCUCCAAUUCCCCAUUAGUGGAUUGCCACGUUUUGCAUCAAGGUGAAUGUCUAGUCCUGUGUAAAGCUUGUUAAAGCAGUCAGCUUUAAGGAGGCCAACUCAUUCCUAUAGCUGGAUUUUAACAAAGGAAAUUAAUACUCCUCCUCCAGGUGCCAUAGGGUCUAUAUGAACCAUUGAGUAUUUAGGACCAGUCUUUUAUCUUGCCAGCAAUUUGUAAUCUUGCAGAAGCCCUACUUUAGAUUUAGAAAGCUGCCAGUUCUUUUGUUGUUCGCACGCAGCAAGAGGGAUCCCAGAGUUUUCCGUGGAAGCAUGAAUGCUGGGUAAUGACUGCUUUUCCCAAUAGCUUCUUGGUCUUUUUUGUUGUUGUUGUUGUUAUUAUCUGUGUCAGAAAUUACAUUUCUUAUUUUUCUGUGAUGUUACCAUUCCUUGUGAUGGCCUUGUCGUAUCUUCUAGGGCUCUCCGCUUGGCUUCAGAUUAUUUUUUCCUAAGGUACAAAUGUAAAAGAUCUGUUAUUGCACUCUCUUGGACUGUAAAAAAAAAUAAUUGACACAUUCCAACAGCUGCCCUUGUAACAAUGUGAGUCCUGACUGAGAUGGAAGACUUUGCCACUUGCUUUAAGUGGUCAAGGUCUUCAGGUAAGGCCUCUGGGAGAAAAAUGGAAGGGCUGUUGGAGGACGUGCAUUCUUCUGUGCUACUUAGAUGCAGUCCUUGACCCGCAGCACUACACUGGGAGCUUCCUACUUCAGGUCCCCACGCAGCCUCAUACCAAGAGGCUGUGAGUUUGCUAAGAAGGUGCUCAGCAGCAGUGCAGGUGCAGCUGGUGGCACCUGCUCUGCUCUCACCCAGGCACUCCACAGAUCUGUCGCAAGUAUGGUACUUCAGUGUCUUUUGAGUGGACGUAUGAAUUUUCCCAACUUGAUUGUAAAAGUGAAUCCUUUAGUCAGUUGCUUUUUAUUUCAGGAGGAAAUAAAUUCCUUCUAGAUAA